AUGGAGCAUCUCGGAGCAUCACGGAGGAUUGUUACUCCGCGGCAUCGAGGAGCACAAGAUUGCAUUGAAUGUUUCAAUAACUUUUGUAUUUUUAAAGAAGAGUUUGUAGUUUAUAAAAGUGAUAAGAUAGAAAUUAACCAAAAUCUAAAAGAGUUUUAUGAAGCAAAUAUUGUGAUGGAAGAUGAGAAAAUUAUUGAUUUAUGUUGUAAAACUAUCGAACAGUCAAAGUGCAAAGAGUGGUAUACUGCCAGGAGAUUAAGAAUCUCGUCCAGUAUCAAUGUACAUCAUAUAAAAGUGCGAAAAACAAAAUCAAUUGAUAGUUUAGUGCAAAAUAUGCUGUUCCCGAAAUUAAUUGAUUGUGAGGCUACUAAUUAUGGUAAACGUAAUGAAAGUCAUGCGCUAGAACAAUACCAAAAGGUUUACAACUGUCGUGUGAUAACCGUAGGAGUAAUUGUGAGUAAAAUUCAGCCUUGGCUAUGCACAAGCAUAGACGGGGUUGUCAUACACCAUGGAUGUAUUACAAAGCUGGUAGAAUUUAAAUGUCCAAUAUCUUGCCAAAAAAAGGCUAUUGUAGAUUUUGUCAGUAAACUUUGUAAUGUGCAAUAUCUGGAGUUUGUUAAUGGUAACAUAGAAUUAAAGAAAAAACACUCAUAUUACACCCAAAUACAAACACAGAUGUAUCUCACUGGUAUGACAAUAUGCGAUCUUUUUGUUUAUUCUCCAGUCGAAAACGGUAGUUGCACAGUAAGAGUAGAUAGAGAUGAACAUUUUAUAAAAGAUGCCAUUUUGAAAAGUGAAGAAUUUUAUUUUAAUCAUUAUUUACCACGUUUGUAUGUGUCGAUUGGUAAUGAGGAACUAAACGAUAAAAAUAAUAAUAACCAAAUUCUGCCAAAGCGUAGUUUUACUGGUAAGAACAUAAUUAAUCUAUGAAAAAUUAUAAACGUAGGGCCACUUUUACCAUCCCACUAACCCGGGGUUAACCGCUUAAACCUGGAGUUACCAUGGUUACCAGUACAAUUUGACACUGGGUUAGCGGCUUAACCCCGGGUCAGUGGGAUGGUGAAAGCGGGUCUUUAGGCCCACUUGCACCAUCUCAAUAACCCGGGGUUAAGCGGUUAAACCGUUAACCCAGUGUCAAAUUGUCCUGGUAAU